AUGACUUUAGACACCAGGGAUAUUCUGGAAACGACUUUACUAGAUUCGCGACAGCCAGUUACCGUUACGUAUCUGAGCAGACAUGCCGGUAUUACAGUGGCAGAUGCCCAUAAGGAGAUAAAGUCGUAUUAUGAAAGUCAGAAAUCAACCAAUGAUUUGCGCGCAGUAUAUUUAAUUAGUGGGACGCUUAAAAAUGUUAACGGCGAGGUAAAGAAAGAUGAGCGUCCUGAGUGUUCUCAUGAGUGCCGUCGUACUGAACUGGUUCGAGAAGAGAAAUUAGAAUCAAAGAAAUCAACCUAUGAAACAGUUGAUACCUGCGAAAUUUACUGUUUGCAUAUAAGUCCCAUAAAGAGCCUUUUGCUGCUUUAUAACAUCGACCAUUUGGAUGACGCCAAGUUUAUGUUGUCAGAUGUUGAAAGAAGUUGGCUUAAAUGCCCACAGGCGGGCAUUAGUCGUGCUGCGCUCCACGAGAAGCAUGAGGAAAGUGCAAAGCUGUUUGCAAAAAUAGCAGAGGUUCCCAUGAAAGAAGGACAAAAGAGACCUCAUUCGAAGACACCAUCGCCAAAAAGGAAAAGACGUAGUGAAGAUGAACAUAAAUUUGCGGACGCUUGCUUACGAACUAAAAUUAGUCCAAAAAAAGGUGAUGGCCCUGCGCAAGGUAAAAAAGUUGUCCACCCAAAAGGAGCUGGUUCCGAUAACCAAAGUACUCAGGAAGUUAAGCAGAAACAGAGAGGACGGCGCAUUGUUUUAGAAGAUGAGGGGGACAAAGUGAAGACUGUCUCAUCUAGUGUUGAAGGCAAAUGUUCUAUGGUAAAUGCUCCUUCAACGUCUGCAACAAAACUGAAAAGGAAGGAAGGAUAUUUGUCCCAAAAGGAUAUCUUUUCAAUUGGUGCUUCAAGUUCGGAUGAAGAAGUCGGUAAUGAAGAAGAUUUUGUAAAAGAAGUCGCCUCACGGAGUAAAAAGGAAAAGUCGCCAAAAUUCACAAUUGAAAAGCCAAAAGUGUCUACAAUGGAGAGUGUCCUAAAGUCACGUCAAAAAAGCAGUGUUGCCACGAAAAAGGAAUAUGUGACUGAGUCGUUUGUUGAUGAGGAUGGAUUUACAGUAACCAAGCAGGUUUUGAAAGAAGUCCCGGUGCAAGUCGUCUCUCAAGAAAAGCCGCUCUCUGUACCAUUAGAAAAACUUUCAAAUGGUAGUAACGAAAACACGAAACGUACAGUGAAGAAACCUGGGGGUAAAAAAGGUCACACGACUCAGUGUAAAAUAAGCUCGUUCUUUAAGAAAUGA